AUGGCUAACAGGCGCAUCACCUUGACCAUCACCGCGCCCACCAACGAUGAAGCUGACCUCCUCUCCCUCGAUAUCCCGCCAGACACCACUGUCAGCUUACUAAAGGAGUCUGUGCAAGCCGAAUCUCGAAUCCCCACUACUUCUCAGCAUCUGUACCAUAACGGCCAGCUUCUCAACGAUGACACAAAGACCAUGGAUCAGUUGCAGAUUGGUGACGGAGAAAUGUUGGCCCUCCACGUCCGCGAUAUGGCAAGAGCAGCUCCCCGGGCCUCGCAGCCAGCACGUCAACAAGCAGCCCCACAACCAAGGGGAGGACAAGGCGGCUCUCCAGACCCAGAAACCAUCCGAUUACAGCUACUUGGUAACCCAGAGAUGAGAGCACAGGCAGUAAGCCAGAAACCGGAAUUGGCAGCGGUAAUCGACAGCCCAGAAAGGUUCGCCCAGCUAUUUCGAACGUGGCAAGAUACCGAGAGGGACGAGCAGGCACGGCGGAGACAGCACAUCGCAGAUUUGAAUGCGGAUCCAUUUGAUAUUGAAGCCCAGACGAGGAUUGCGGAGAUGAUACGUGAGGAGCGAGUUCAAGAAAAUCUACAAAAUGCUAUUGAGCAUAACCCUGAGGUUUUCGGCCGAGUUCAUAUGUUGUAUAUUGACGUCGAAGUCAACGGUCAUAAGGUUAAGGCAUUUGUUGAUUCUGGAGCACAAGCAACUAUCAUGUCCCCUUCUUGUGCGGAGGCCUGUGGUAUCAUGAGACUCGUAGACAAGCGGUUCGCUGGUGUUGCUCGAGGCGUUGGAACGGCAGCCAUUCUCGGACGAGUACAUUCGGCUCAGAUCAAGAUUGGCGCUUUGUUUUUGCCCUGCAGUUUUACAGUCAUGGAAGGCAAAGAUGUGGAUUUGUUACUGGGUCUAGAUAUGUUAAAGCGCCACCAAGCCUCCAUAGACCUCUCGAAAGACAAGCUCGUGAUUCAAGGCGUCGAGGUUUCUUUCCUGGGUGAAGCGGAUAUACCUAAGAAUAUCGAGGAAGAGAGAGCAGAGGAGCCCAAGGUGGCUGGACCGGGCGGUACGAUGAUUGGAGCACGAUCUGGUGCUGUCUCUGGACCCUCUGCGCGAGCAGCACCUUCGCCCUCACCUGCACCCCCUGCGCAACAGACCCCAGCGGCACCUCAGCAAGCGUCCUUCCCUCCCGAAUCGAUCGAUCAGCUUGUAGCGUUAGGCUUCUCGCGAGAAGAGGCUGUUAAUGCGCUUGCUGCAUGUGGAGGGAAUGUAGAAUAUGCUGCUGGGCUGUUAUUCCAGGGAUGA